AUGUCGCUUCACCACGAGCGAGCGGCGUCUGUCGAGACGCUGCCCAACGAGAUCAUGGUCACCAUCCUCGACCCCUUUGCCACAACUGAGCUUCUCCCACUGGCCGCCGUCAGCCAUCGCUUCCAUCUGGUCAUCACGCGCCUCCUUCAUCGCCGUCUCGUCAACGUCGCCUCCCUGUCUAGCAAUGAUCUCAUCCUCGAGUGCUAUCACCCAAGCGCCAAGAUCACGACCCCUUAUCUUGCCUGUCGUCAUCUCGGCACCUCCACGCGAGGUGGUGAGAUCAGCGAUGCGGGACAUGUUGAGGCGCAUGAUCUGAAAAGGAUGUAUUCGUCGUUCAAGCCCGUCAUUGCAGAGGAGAACCGUCGUCGUCGGGUUGACGGUGAAAUCGUCGACGACACGGCAACGGAGAUGAUCUCGCUCGACGAAGGCAGCCUCUUCUCACAGCUCUGCGCGCAGAUCAACCUCGUCAAGGUGGGCCCCAGACCGGGUCUGUUCACCAGCUGCGUGCCCAUGAGCGAGGGCGUGAUCAGAACCUGGCGGGAGUGGCUUGCGCAAGAGGCAGACGGUCGUGGCGACGGUAUCCUGUGGCUGGGAACCGACCAGGGCGUUGGUCUUCGAUUCCGCGUCACGCAUGGCGCCUCGGAUCGGAUGCCUGUCAUCUCUGGGCCAGAUGACUACCCGCCCAUCACGUACAAGCUCGAGUACCAAGAACUCAUCGUGCGCACGCGCAAGCUCCUCAUCGCAGCUGAAGAAGCCGAGGUCCAGCAUUUCUCGAAUUCAGGUAAAGCCAUAGUGAUCGCUUCCAUGUAG